GAAACAAGUCCCCUCCCUUUAACCCUUCCCUGCCCAGCUGGGAGAGGGGAGUUCCCCCCUUUGCCCCCUCUUUUCUCAUCUUCCUCGCAGCCUGUCUCCUUCUCCUCCUGGAAGGAGACCUGCUGGCUACUCAGAAUCUUCUGUAUCUCCCUCACCUCCAAAUGCAGAAUAAUUAUUAACAAGGUCUUGACUUGGCAAAGUAGGGGAACUGAAUCUCUUGGUGGAGUUUUUACUCUGAGGGAGAAGAAAUCAGAAUAACUUUGAGGCUUUAGGCACACUCAUUGGAGCACAGAUUUCAAAUGGAUUAAAUCCACUCAUGUGAACCAGAAGCGGGAAGAAAUCAUGAUGGUAUCAGUCCUGAGAGCAAUGGGAAAUUUUGGGAAAGAAACAUGCAGGAGUUCCUGAGCAAAGAUAUAGCCAGCUUUGACAUAGAGCAUUAGCGCUUCAGGCAAUUCUGUCAAGAAAGCAAGGAACCUCAAGGCCAAACAUUUCCUCAUGGAAGUUCCCCCGGCAUUAAGGAAGUCUCCAAGAGAUAACACACAGAGUCUCCAAUGGAAGGAGCUCAAGCAUGAAGGAGAUGGAGGUACGGCUUCACAGGGUACUGGAAUGAUGCCACCAUCUAGUCCUCAGUUAUUUCUAUGGGAUGGAAUGGAACCUGUUCAGGGCUGGGUCACCUUUGAGGACGUGGCAGUCCAUUUCUCCCCAGAGGAGUGGGAUCUUCUGGAUCCUGAUCAGAAGGCCUUGCACACACACAUCAUGGAGGAGACCCAUCGGAUCAUCACCUCUCUUGCAGAUAACUGGAUGAAGAGCAAUGUGCGUACCACAUCUGGGAGAUAUUUUUUGGACAGAUGGAAAUUCAUUGGACACCAGAAACACCACACAGAAGCAGAAGGGUCUACUGAAAACAAGCCUUUCAAAUGCAAUUUAUGUGGGGAAAAAUUUGCCCAAAGUAUGGCACUUCUGCUUCACAAGAGGCUUCAUACUGGAAAAAAAUACAGCGGACGUAAAGUCGCAAGGAAAGGGUUUCAUUACAAAUUGCAGCAUGCAAGCCAUCAAGGAGUCCACAAGCAAAUGAAAAAGCACAAGUGCCAGGAAUGUGGCAAACACUUUGCUUGCAAUUCAGUUUUAGUCAUUCAUCAGAGGGUCCAUACAGGAGAGAAACCAUAUAGAUGCCUGGAGUGUGGAAAAUGCUUUUCUACAAAUUCAAUCCUGGUGAAUCACCAGAGACUCCACACAGGAAAGAAACCGUAUAAAUGUCAGAACUGUGAAAAGUGUUUUUCUACAUAUUCAAACCUUGCAAGCCACCAGAGGGUCCACACAGGAGAGAAACCAUACAAAUGCCAGGAGUGUGGGAAAUGUUUGUCUGACAAGUCUUACCUUCUUGAUCACCAAAGAAUCCACACGGGAGACAAGCCAUACCAAUGUGAGGAGUGUGGGAAAUGUUUUUGUACAAACUCAAGCCUCGCAAGCCACCGGAGAGUCCAUACAGGAGAGAAACCGCACAAAUGCCUGGAGUGUGGGAAAUGCUUUGCUCGCAGUUCAUACCUUGCAAUUCACUGGAGACUGCACACAGGAGAGAAACCAUACAAAUGCCAAGAAUGUAAAAAGUACUUUGUUUGCAAAUCUGAACUUGUGAGGCAUCAAAAGAGGCAUAAAGGAAUGAAACCGUACAGUUGCAAUGUGUGCGGGAAAUGUUUUUCUCGAAAUUCUGUCCUUGUGAGCCACCAAAGAGUUCACACAGGGGAGAAACCAUUCAAAUGCCAGGAUUGUGGGAAAUGUUUUGCUCAGAAUGCACACCUUGCCCGCCAUCAUAGAAUUCACACAGGAGAGAAACCUUACAAAUGCCAGGAGUGUGGGAAAUCUUUUGCUCGGAAGGGACAUCUAGUGAUCCACCAGAGAGUCCACACAGGAGAAAAACCAUUUAAAUGCCAGGAGUGUGGAAAAUCUUUUGCUCACACUGCCUAUCUUAUGAGCCACCAGAGAGUACACAUGAGAGAGAAGCAAUACAAAUGCCAUGAGUGUGACAAAUGUUUUUCUAGAAAUUUAAGCCUUGUUAUUCACCAGAGAGACCACUUAGGAGAGAAACCUUAUAAAUGCCAAGAAUGUGGGAAAAGUUUUGCCCACAGCUCACACUUUGUGGUUCAUCAAAGAGUUCACACAGGGGAGAAACCAUACACAUGCCAAGAGUGUGGGAAAUGUUUUUCUACAGGUUCCAUCCUUGUGGCCCACCAGAGAGUCCACACAGGGGAGAAACCAUACCAAUGCCAGGAGUGUGGGAAAGGUUUUUCCAAAAAUGCAAACCUUGUAAGCCACCAGAGAGUCCACACAGGAGAGAAACCAUACAGAUGUCAGGAGUGCGGGAAACAUUUUGCUCACGGUUCAUACCUUGGGAUCCACCAGAGGCUGCACACAGGAGAGAAACCUUACCAAUGCCAGGAAUGUGAAAAACGUUUUGCUCGCAGGUCAUACCUUGUGCAGCAUAAGCGAUUCCACACAGGCGUGAAACCAUAUAAAUGCCAAGAGUGCAGAAAAUACUUUGCUUGCAGGUCGGAACUUGAGAAACAUCAGAGCAACCAUGUAGGAGAACAAACAUACAAAUGCCAAGUGUGUGGAAAGUGUUUUUCUCGAAAUUCAACCCUUGUCAGCCACCAGAGAGUCCACACCGGAGAGAAACCAUACAGAUGUCAGGAAUGUGGGAAAUGUUUUGCUCAGAACGCACACCUUGUAAUUCACCAGAGAAUCCACACGGGAGAGAAACCAUACAAAUGCCAGGAAUGUGGGAAAUGUUUUUCUCAAAAUUCAAGUUGCGUGAGCCAUCAGAGAAUCCACACAGGAGAAAAACUAGAGAAAUCCCAUUAGUGUGGGCUAUAUUUUGCUAGUGUUCAUUUGAAGCAGAAGAUUGUCCACAGAGAUGAAAAAGUUUUUAAACUUCCUGGAGUGUGAAAUGUUUUCAAGUCAGGGGUUUGGACUCCUUACAGGAUACUAACAGGAACAUAGAUCUGGAUGGAAUUCAAGGACCAUCUGAUCCUACCCUCCCUGGCUUCUAACUUGCAUUUAAAAACCUCCACUACAGCAGAAUAUAUAACCUUUUUAAAAGUUUGUGAUAGCUCUUACGCUUGAAUUCUCCUUAAGUUUUUGCUGGAAAUUUCCUUCGGGAAGGUAACGGCGCUCCAUGCAGUCAUUCCAAUGGCCACAUGACCUUGGAGGUGUCUACAGACAACGCUGGCUCUUCGGCUUAGAAAUGGAGAUGAGCACCAACCCCCAGAGUCGGACACAACUGGACUUAACGUCAGGGGAAACCUUUACCUUUACCUAAUGUGACUUCAUUGGUUUGGAUCCUGUUGGCUAGUAGAAUGUAAAGUCAUGGCAUUUUUCACAUGCCAUUCCUGCAGAUGUUUGUGUAUGACUGUUCCAUGUCUGUUCCAUGACAAAUUUAUGCAAACCCUCCGUUUCUCACAGAGAUUUAUUUCCAGAACUUGUAUCAUCUUGGGCACCCUUCUCUUGUCCUCUUAAACUAUGAGACCCAGAAUUAGACAGGGUACACCUGGUGAGUCUUGGCCAAAGAGAGCAUAAUAUCAUUUCUCUCCAUCUGUGUCCUGGCAGAAAGUAUGCAGAGGAAGCAGCUGGAUCUCCAAGAGGUCAACCAGAUAUUUCUUGGCACCAACUUCUGUGUUUGCUCCUCUAGGAAGGAAGGCUAGAUAAUUGCUGCCCAGAUCAUCGCGGCAAAAGAGAAUCUCUACUCUCAACUACAAUAGAGUCUCACUUAUCCAACAUAAACAGGUCGGCAGAACAUUGGAUAAGCAAAAAUGUUGGGUAAUAAGGAGGAAAAGCCUAUGAAAUGUCAAAUUACAUUAUGAUUUUACAAAUUAAGCACCAAAACAUCUUUUACAACACAUCUACAGAAAAAGCCAUCCAAAACACAGUAACAUUAUGUAGCAAUUAUUGUAUUUAUGAAUUUAGUACCAAAAAAUCGCAAUAUAUUGAAAAUAUAAAAAACAUUGGCUACUAACAAAUUAACUACAAAUAAAGAUAGAAUUGCAUAAAAUGAACUUACAGUAGCAGCAUUGACAGAAAUUAAAUCAAUAAAAAGUUCAAUCCUUCCUGCCAACUGUGGAUCAGGGCAGGAGGCAAAUUGCACUGGAUAAUCCAGAACGUUGGAUAAGCAAAUGUUGGAUAAGUGAGACGCUACUGUAGUUACAUUUUCAGAUCAGUUUGUAAUAUAUGUCUAUAUGUCUCUUAUGUAUGUUUAUACACAUAUAUCUGAUGUUGCUCAAGGUAUAUAACAACAGUUGUGUAUUCCUUUCACCAAAGCCUGUUUAGAGAUGUUCCUGCCUGUUCCUCAACAGAUCAGUUUGCAUUCUAGAGUGGAUAAAUGGCUAGGUUAUAUCAUUUAAACUAGUAAUGUUCCUUUAUGUGUCUAUUAUAAAUAUGACUGCUGGGGAGAUGCAGAGGAUAUAAAGGCACAGUUCCUGGGCAAGUGUAACACCUUACCUGCCAUAUACUGUACUAUAAUGUACUGUGUGUUCCUUACAGGUAAUGCAAUGGCAUGAAAGUGGUGUGCCUAAACAUUAAAAUAUUUCUCACUAAAGGGCCUGCAUCAAUAGGGGUAUAGCGUCUAGAUCCAGGGAAGUCCUGCUCCCCCUCUACUCUGCCUUGGUCAGACCACACCUGGAAUACUGUGUCCAAUUCUGGGCACCGCAAUUGAAGGGAGAUGUUGACAAGCUGGAAAGUGUCCAGAGGAGGGCAACUAAAAUGAUCAAGGGUCUGGAGAACAGGUUCUAUGAGGAGAGGCUUAAAGAACUGGGCAUGUUUAGCCUGCAGAAGAGAAGGCAAGAGGAGACAUGAUAGCCAUGUACAAAUAUGUGAGGGGAAGUCAUAGGGAGGAGGGAGAAAGCUUGUUUCCUGCUGCCCUGCAGACUAGGACACAGAACAAUGGCUUCAAACUACAGGAAAGGAGAUUCCACCUGAACAUCAGAAAGAACAUCCUCACUGGGAGAGCUGUUCAGCAGUGGAACUCUCUCCCCCAGACUGUGGUGGAGGCUCCUCCUUUGGAGGCUUUUAAACAGAGGCUGGAUGGCCAUCUGUCGGGGGUGCUUUGAAUGCGAUUUCCUGCUUCUUGGCAGGGGGUUGGACUGCAUGGCUCAUGAGGUCUCUUCUUCCAACUCUUCUAUGAUUCUAUAAAGGGAAUGCAUAUGUAUAUCUGUGACCGCAUAUAAUAAAUUAUUACUGUAUAUGCAUGUAUGUGACUAAGUUUCUGUGGGAUCACUACUUGUGUAAGUGUGUGUUAAGAGAAAAACACCUGGUCAAUUACAACUCAUGGUUGAGUAAUUGGAACAAUCAGGGCUAACAGGCUUGAGCCACUCCCUGAAUGGGGUAUAUCUGGGAAAUGUUUGUAAUGUCUUUUGGGGACUUACUGGGGGACUUACUUACUGAAUGCUUGCUGAGAGCCUACUAUGAAGAUGCAUGAAUUUAAUGCAAGAGACUUUAUGUGAGUUUUUGUUGCUGGAAGUUUUAUUAUGAUUUUUGACUCUGCUACUUAAGAGUAAAUUUUUUGGUUUUCUCUUCCAUUUUCGUGGCUUGUUUUUCUUUUGCUCAUUGUGGAUACAACAAAGGACUGGAUAAGUCUGGACAGGACUGCACGCAGUUUGUUUUUCUACAAACCCGUAACAUAAAUAACCUAAAAAACUAACAGAGAUCAUGCUCCUUCAAUAUAAAUCCUGAGACUGCCAUCCUGAAUAUUAUACUAACUUUACAUCUUUUUAAUAAUUGCAAACUUUAUGGAUGAAAGGGAUGCUGUGUAGCAUGUUCCCAUGAUAUUCUUGGAAACAAGCUACUAAAAUGUGGGUUAGACAAUGUUACUCCUAAAUGGAUUUGUAUUUGGUUGACUGACCAAACCCAAAGGGUGCUCACCUUUAACCUGAAGUGACUAGUGAUGGACUGGACUGUUCAAGACCUUUAUCUAUGACAUAAAUCUGAGUUUUCCAAACUGUGUAUCGUGACAUUACUAUUUGACCUGCAGUUCAUAGGUGUUUAAUGAGUGAAUUGUGUUGGCUCUGACCCGGUCCGGAUUAAGGUUUACGUGCAAGGUUUUGUGGAUGAAUGGUUUAAGUAUUUUAUAUUGUAUUGUUUUAAAUGUAUUUAUUGUAUUAUGCUAAAUUGUUUAAUUGUUUUAAUUGCUUAUGUUUUAACUUUUUGUAUUGUAUAUUGGCAUUGAAUCUUGCCAGACUGUGAGCCGCCCUGAGUCCCUUCGGGUGAGAAGGGUGGCAUAGAAAUGCUAGAAAUAAAUAAAUAAAAUAACAAGAAAUAUCUGAAUCUGUGAAAUAAGCAGUGGGUGCUUCUGUGGAGGUGACCUGCAACUGCUUGCAUUAGGGAAUCAAUCAGUGAGCAGCUGGUGUCCGUUGUUGUCCUUCUGCCAGCCCUCCUCCUGUGUUGGCCCUCCUCUCUCGCGAACCCAUCAUCCUUGGCACUGGGUUGUUAUAUGUAUUCCGGGCUGUAUGGCCAUGUUCUAGAAGUAUUCUCUCCUGACGUUUCGCCCACAUCUAUGGCAGGCAUCCUCAGAGGUUGUGAGGCAUGGAACAUCAGAACAGUAGAUGGGAAGCAACACUGAGGGCAGAGGAGCUCCAGGGACGGCUAAUGACUCUGAACAAAAGAUGCCCUCCAGGCAAGAGACAAACCUUUCCAAUGCUAAUUAAGGUGAUCAACUGCAACAUUCAUGCUGACUUCCAACUGACAAAGAACUCUUCUCACACCCUGGACUCUCCACAGGGCUUCCCAGUUCUCAGUAUCUAUGCCACAGUUUUUAAGUUGGUUUGUUUUUAUUUUUCUUGGAAGACGCCUGUGCGUGAUUUUUUAAAAUGAUAUUAUGCUAUACUAAUACUAUAUUGUAUAUACAUAUAAUAAUAUUAUAAUGUAAUAAAAUAUAAUAAUAAACUA